AAUAAAAUAUUAAAAUUUUAGAUAUGCUUACUAAAUUAAAAACUAUUUAGUGAUUUUUAUGGGUAUUUUUAUUUAUGAAUCUGAACAAGUUAAAGAUUGGGAAAAGAAGUCAACCCUAUGAUCUUUCAGCACGAGCUUAAGAAAUCUUGUAUAUAAAUAUAAUUUGCGCCAAGAACUGGUCUGAAUUUUGAAAGCCAAUGGCAAUCUCUACUACUAAUACUAACACUACUGCAGCUGCUUCUGCUUCUGCUUCUGCUUCCACUCCAUUAUUGGAAGACAAAGUUGACGGAUCAGUAGACUACAACGGGCGGCCGGCCCACCGAUCAAGCUCUGGCGGGUGGAGAUCAUCAUCUUUCAUUAUAGCUGUGGAGGUUGCAGAAAGGUUUGCUUAUUCUGGGAUAUCUUCCAACCUCAUAACCUACUUAACCGGUUACCUUGGCCAGUCGACGGCGACCGCGGCUGAGAAUGUGAAUACAUGGUCAGGCACAGCCACCCUUCUGCCGCUUCUGGGAGCGGCCAUCGCCGACUCUUUUCUUGGACGCUACUGUACUAUCAUUGUUUCUUCUGUAAUCUAUGUACUGGGACUGGGGUUGUUGACGCUAUCAGCUGCAUCAACUUCUCUUGAUGGCAAAUCAUGUUCUCCUCCUUGGUACCAAGUAAUCUUGUUCUUCUUCUCUCUAUAUUUAGUUGCUGUUGGACAAGGUGGACACAAGCCUUGUGUUCUAGCUUUCGGAGCUGAUCAAUUUGAUGGAAAAGAUCCAAGGGAAAGUAUAGCAAAGAGCUCAUUUUUCAAUUGGUGGUAUUUUAGCUUAUCUGUAGGCAUUACCUUAACACUUGUGGUUGUUGUCUACAUCCAAGAAAAUCUUAACUGGGUUCUUGGAUUUGGAAUCCCCUGCAUUGUGAUGCUAGCUGCAUUGCUUAUUUUCUUGCUUGGAAGUACAACUUAUAGGUAUAGCAUCAGUCAGAAUGAGAAAAAACCAUUCAUGCGAAUCGGUCAGGUUAUUGUUAGAGCAGUCAGGAAUCGGGCAAAUACUUCUUCAGGCAUUGCUACAGGGGAGGAAUCUUACCUGUUUGAUCAAACUUGUGAGCAAUUCAAAUUCCUGAACCAAGCACUGAUAAUACCAGAUGAUGCAAUUGAACAUCAAGGAGCCUGCAGUGCCACCGAUGUUGAAGAAACAAAGGCACUGUUUAGGCUUAUUCCAAUAUGGGCUACAAGCUUGGUGUAUGCGAUUGUGUUUGCACAGACUACAACUUUCUUCACAAAACAAGGAGUUACAAUGGACAGAACAGUUUUUCCAGGCUUUCAAAUUCCAGCUGCUUCACUGCAAUCCUUUAUUGGCAUAGCAAUUAUUCUUCUCAUUCCAAUCUAUGACCGCAUUUUUGUUCCUCUGGCAAGACAUAUAGCUGGAAACUCAUACGGAAUUACAAUGCUUCAAAGAAUCGGAACUGGGAUGUUCAUAUCAACUCUUUCCAUGGUAACUGCAGCACUAGUUGAGCGAAAAAGACUGCAGACCGCUGAAGAAAAUGGGUUGGUUGAUCAUCCGAACACAAUAAUUCCAAUGAGUAUCUGGUGGUUAGUUCCCCAGUAUGUGUUAUGUGGCGUUGCUGAUGUGUUCACCAUUGUUGGCCUUCAAGAAUUUUUCUACGAUCAGGUUCCUGAGGAUUUGAGAAGUGUAGGCCUUUCACUCUAUCUCAGUGUGAUUGGUUUAGGAAACUUUUUAAGUAGCUUUCUUGUGUCUGUCAUUGACAAAGCAACAGAUAGAGAUGGGCAAGAAAGCUGGUUCUCUAAUAAUCUAAACAGAGGGCAUCUUGAUUAUUUCUACUGGCUACUUGCUGGACUUAGUAUAAUGGGAUUCAUGGCCUUUUGGAUUUUUGCUACAUCUUAUAUUUAUAGAAGUGGAGUUGGAAGAUAGAUCUGUUCUUAUACAAAAAUCUCCACUUAAAGUCUAAGUUACAAAUUGUGAGCAGAAAUUGGGAUUCUUGUAUUUUUAACAAAGGAAUUUUUUUUUUUUUUUAAACUAUAGUGUAAAGGGAACAAACUCUACUCCAUGCCUACCUACAUUUGUUGUCACAAAAUUAAACUUCCUAGAAAUCUAGUAGCCA